AUAGCCCCUUUGAAUCAAAGUUAUUUUUGGAGAGAGAUUCUAGAGGACUCCAAUCACCAUGCAGGCUCUCCUGAGACUCUUCCUGUCCUUCCUGCUCCCAACAAUAGGUGCUUCCAUACAGUGUGAAGUCUGUUAUUCCGUUGGCAACAGCUGCACUGGGAAUAUGCAGACAUGCCCUUCUGGACAAGAUAUCUGCACUGUUGCAUUUUCAGAAAGUACUCUUGAUGGACAGAGAAUUCUCACCACGGAGAAAGGCUGCGAAAACUCAGAGAUCUGCGCCUCUUCCCCGGUUGACUUGUAUUUGGGGCAGGGAAAAUCCUACAGGGCACAUCUGUAUUGUUGCACUGGAGAUGCCUGUGGAAACAUCUCCCCUGAAUUACCACCCGAGCAGGUGAGACCCAAUGGACUGCAAUGCCCUGCAUGUUACUCAUGGACACAAAUCUGCAGUUCAGAGAUGGUGAAUUGUACAGGCUCGGACACAUACUGCUUUGGUGUCUUGUCCCGUAUCUAUACUAAUGAAUUCCAUGUGGACAGCAUCAUAAAGGGAUGCACGACAAAGUCUGUCUGUAAGUCAUUACUUCAUGGUAAAUCCCCAUUUUUUGGACGUGCUAAUACUGUCAUAAGUGCAAAAUGUUCGCCAGAUGUUUCACGGGGGUGUCGAAUCACCAUCUCCCUCUUGCCUUCCUUCUCCGGGCUUCUGCUGCUACAAGUCCUUUUGUAAAAGACACCUACAAGGAACUGCAUCCACACGACGUUUCAAUUAUACUGGUGUUUUGUCUGUAUACUUCUCCUUCUCAAAGCGGAUGAGUCUUCCAGAUGGAGUUUCCUUGGCUGU